UACCCAGAUCACUUCCGGGUGGAACUCCACAACCCUGAGCAGCAAUUGGGCAACCUUACACGGGGUACUUCCGGUGCCCAGGUGCUUGGGCUCUUUUGCAGGAGUAGAAAGAUGAAGCCUGGUGUCACGACCCGUGCUCGGUCCGUUUUGUGGCUGCAGCUGCUGCUGCCGCAACUGCUGCUGCUGCACUCGCUUCUCCCGGUCGACGCCAGCGGUCCCCGCACUUUAGUGCUGCUGGACAACCUCAACCUGCGGGAGACGCAUUCGCUUUUUUUUCGGAGUCUGAAGGAUCGGGGCUUUGAACUCACAUUCAAGACCGCGGAUGACCCCAGCCUGUCCCUUAUUAAGUACGGGGAGUUUCUCUAUGACAAUCUCAUCAUCUUCUCCCCCUCGGUAGAAGAUUUUGGAGGCAACAUCAACGUGGAGACCAUCAGCACCUUUAUUGACGGUGGAGGCAGUGUCCUGGUAGCUGCCAGCUCAGACAUUGGCGACCCUCUCCGAGAGCUGGGCAGUGAGUGUGGCAUCGAGUUCGACGAGGAGAAAACGGCUGUCAUUGACCAUCACAACUAUGACAUCUCAGACCCCGGCCAGCACACGCUCAUCGUGGCCGACACCGAGAACCUGCUCAAGGCCCUGACCAUAGUUGGGAAGUCGUCUCUGAACCCCGUCCUGUUCCGGGGUGUUGGGAUGGUGGCUGACCCCGACAACCCCUUGGUGCUGGACAUCCUGACGGGCUCCUCCACCUCAUACUCCUUCUUCCCAGACAAGCCCAUCACCCAGUACCCCCACGCCGUGGGGAAGAACACCCUCCUGAUCGCCGGGCUCCAGGCCAGGAACAACGCCCGGGUCAUCUUCAGCGGUUCCCUGGACUUCUUCAGCGACGCCUUCUUCAACUCAGCCGUGCAGAAGGCCGCGCCCGGCUCCCAGAGGUACUCCCAGACAGGCAACUACGAGCUCGCCGUGGCGCUCUCCCGAUGGGUGUUCAAAGAGGAAGGUGUCCUCCGCGUGGGGCCCGUGUCGCACCAUCGGGUGGGCGAGACAGCCCCGCCCAAUGCCUACACUGUCACCGACCUCGUGGAGUACAGCAUCGUGAUCGAGCAGCUCUCUGACGGCAAGUGGGUCCCCUUUGAUGGGGACGACAUUCAGCUGGAGUUUGUCCGCAUCGACCCUUUCGUGAGGACCUUCCUCAAGAGGAAAGGUGGCAAGUACAGUGUCCAGUUCAAGUUGCCGGACGUGUACGGUGUGUUCCAGUUCAAGGUGGACUACAACCGGCUGGGCUACACACACCUGUACUCUUCCACUCAGGUGUCGGUGAGGCCGCUGCAGCACACGCAGUACGAGCGCUUCAUCCCCUCGGCCUACCCCUACUACGCCAGCGCCUUCUCCAUGAUGGCCGGCCUCUUCGUCUUCAGCGUGGUCUUCUUGCACAUGAAGGAGAAGGAGAAGUCCGACUGAGCUCCAGGGCCCGGCUCCCCCACUCCCCCAGCGUGGGCGGGGGGGGGGGGGGCGCUGUGGGGAUGUUUUGUGCCCCUUUGUGGUGGUUUUUGUUGUUUUCUAAGCCGUGGGGCAGUGGCAUAGCCUUUACCUCAGUGGGAGAUGCGGCAUCGGGUUCCAGGGGGUGGGGGCUCGGGGGUGUUUUUUAUGUGACUUUUUCCCACCUACUGCUAAGUGGUGUUUUCGUAUGUGCGGUCAAGAUUGUUUCUAAAAUAAAGAGAAAUGUUGCCCUCGAA